GACCACGUGACCUGUGUUUACAUCCUCCUCUCAGCUGUUUCUUUCUUCUCCCUCUGCUCGACAGCGGCUCGUCGCUGCACUUUAUCUGUUCAAUAAAUCAGCUAGUUAUCUCGGUGAACUACUUAUUAGUUGUGUCGAAGAGGCUGCCAGCGUGUGAAACGGGGCUUUCAACUGGCCGUCGCAUUUCACGCUGCAUCCACUCGCAAAGAGUAAUUGCGACACGACUUUGUCACUUGCCGCCUGGACAUGAACGCCCCUCUGAACUGACUUUUGACAGCUCACAUUGGCAGGAUCCUUCAGCCAGCUUAACUCUCCAUGCUGCUGUGAGGAGGACUCGACUCACACUUUGUUCGACUUCAGCCCUUGUGUGACUCUUCAUUUUUUUUUCGGCCAUGGGGGGAGCUGUGAGUGCCGGGGAGGACAAUGAUGACCUCAUAGAUAACCUGAAGGAGGCUCAGUAUAUCCGUACAGAAAAAGUGGAGCAGGCUUUCCGGGCCAUAGACCGUGGCGACUACUACCUGGAUGGCUAUCGGGACAGUGCCUACAAAGACUUGGCAUGGAAGCACGGAAACAUACACCUGUCUGCUCCGUGUAUAUACUCCGAGGUGAUGGAGGCCCUAAAACUGCAGCCAGGACUUUCUUUCCUAAAUCUGGGCAGUGGAACCGGCUACCUGAGUACAAUGGUUGGCCUCAUUAUAGGGCCAUUUGGGGUGAACCAUGGAGUUGAGAUCCACAAAGAUGUUGUGGAAUAUGCCAGACAGAAACUGGAUGACUUCAUAAAAAACAGUGACAGCUUUGAUAAGUUUGAGUUCUGCGAACCAGCCUUUGUGGUGGGGAAUUGCCUUGAAAUCUCAACAGACAGUCACCAAUAUGAUCGCAUUUAUUGUGGCGCUGGAGUGCAGAAAGACCAUGAAAAUUACAUGAAAGUACUGCUCAAAAUUGGGGGCAUACUGGUGAUGCCUAUAGAGGAUCAGCUGACCCAGAUAAUCAGGACCGGCCAGUGCAUGUGGGAGAGCAAAAACAUCUUGGCGGUGUCCUUUGCCCCUUUGCUGCAGCAGAGCAGAGCAGAUGGAGAGAAGCCUGACACUGUCCAACUGCCCCCAGUCACCGUCCGCAGCCUUCAGGACCUAUCUCGGAUCUACAUACGUCGCACCCUCAGAAACCUUGCCAACGAGGACACGCAGGGGAAGGGGAUGGUGCAAAGAGUUCCCCAGAAGCGCAAACGCAGGCGCUGUCGGCGGCGACGCGUCAACACCUACGUGUUUGUCGGGAACCAGCUCAUACCGCAAAUGGUAGAGAGCGAAGAGGAGGAACAUGCUGAGGAAGAACACAAGGAGGUGGAGGAGGAAGAGGAGAGAGACAUUGGCGAAAUUGAAAUCCUCAAGCAAGUGAACGUGUUGAGAGACCAAAUAAUGGCUUUACCACUGCCAGAGUCGCUGAAAGCAUAUUUGCUGUAUUACAGAGAGAAAUGACUUUGUUCUUUAUGGGUGCGCUGCCUGCUGAAAUUGUUUUCUUCACCCUUUUCAGUACAAAUGUAGCAUUAUUAUCACAUACUCCUGAUAGCAACACUGUAUCGGAAUGAAAUGUCCUGCAGUAGAUACUAUUGGAUAAUAAUGUUACGAUUGUCACAAGCGUUACGUUUGAUUUGUUGAUUUGUAUGUUUUAAAAACAAGAUGUAAAAAGUAUUCCAAAUGGACAUAGUUUCACGAACCAGUUUUGAAAUUCAAAUUAUAUCACAAUGGCAGGAUUUCUGCAGAAAUGCGCGGAUCAAAAACUGUAUAAAACUAAAUUCUUACAAGGUUUGUUGAGAUAUGAUGACUCUUGAAUCAAGCCUUUCUCUUUUUUUUUUUUUCCUUUGCACCUUUUUGUAGAAGCUUUAACGAACCAUCAGUGUCUGGUGGUUUUAAUGAUGCAGAAAGCAGCAGAAGAAACAAAGAGGCAAACAAGGCCACAUUCUCCCAUUUUGAUUAAAAGAUGUUCUUGCAUAACGGGGCACUUAUGUUAUUACAAGGUCAGUGUGUUUUUUACCUUCCUGUUACAAGACAUCACUGGGGAAAAAAAAAACUAGAUUGGUUUGUAAUACAUUUUUUUUCUACAGGCCACCUUUUAAUGUGACAUUUUCUACAGGCUGCGUGCAUUCAUGUGGUUUCUUACAUGUUACUUGACACAAUGUGAGCCCUUAUCAUAAUUUUACCCCUUUUGUGGAUGCAUAUAAUGAAUUAUAUUACAGCUUUGACAUCAUGAGGAAAUAGGUGACAGUUGUUUAAAGGGUUGCUCUUAUUUUCAACUAAACUAGUGAAGGGGGGAUAUUAGUUAAUAAUGAACACAUGCAUGAAUUUAUUGUUCAAGUCUUGAGUGAUCCUGACUUUGCUUCACUUUAUUUUUCUUUUUAUAUUGGUCACUGGAGAUGAUGUCCCAUGUGAUCAAGUUUGGAAAAGAUUCUUUAAAAACUAACAAAAAAGGAAAAAAUGAUCUGUAUUUAAAGAUGAUCAAUCCGUUAGAUGGCCUUGAGAUGAAUUUUGUGUAGUAAUGCUUUUUUUUUCUAUAUUAAAAAAUAAAAAAAUAAAAAAAAAUUACUGUUCAAAAUCACAGUUGUUGAGGAUUUUGACGCCUUUUGUAUCCUGGACGAAAAAGCACCUUAAUCUGCAAUCCUCAAAUGAAAAAACAAAAAAAUGGUGCCAUUUUUUUUUUUUUCUCUCCCUUGGCUUGCUUUGUUGACUGGACUCAUUGUAAUGCAAAUCCUGUUUAAGUACAGUGUGCUUGCAGAACUGUCCUGAUAGUGAUGGCCUUCAAGUGCCAACAUACUGUACCCCAUCACAUUAGGAUUUCUGUGAACUUCCCGUGGGAUACUGAGUGUAUCUCUCCAAACAAAGGUGAACUUCUACAAAAACAUUCCUCCAUGAAAAAAAGAAAAUGGCACAUCACUGAUAGUCAUCGGUUUUCUUCAUCCUUUAUUGUCACGCGUUUGUAAAAGUUCCUCCAUCUUACUUUGAAUGCAUAAUUUAGUAUUCAGAAAGCUCAGUUGAAUGUUGUUGAUAUUAAUUCUAUUCAGUAUAUAAAAGUGAUUUCUACAGUAUGUAUUGUUAUUCUGCACACAGUUUAAUUUGCAGUUGAUUUGUUGUAGCGCCCUCUUGCUGUACUGUACUACUCUUGACACUGGGAACUCUGUAGAUCAAAACUUCACUGCUAUCUGUGACUUAGAGAAGAUAUACUAGCGCUAGGUCUUCAUUUUGUAAUAAUGCAAAAGAUUUUGGUUCAGGAUUGAUUAUUCUAUUAGUAGUUUUUGUGUGUAAGGACAUUACUUUUUAUUUUAUCCAAGUUCAUCCUUUUUUCUUUUUUUUUUACUUUAUCUUCAGAGCUUUGCAAGUAAGCAAUAAUUGAAUAAAAUCAUCUCUAUACUUAUAGUUACCCAGAAGAAUAUAACAGUCUCACUUGAUUUACAAGUUUCCACGACCAAUUACAGCCAUGUGACAAUUUAUAUACCGUCACCUAAAAUGCAGUUGUUAAUGAAAAGGAGCGCUACAGCCUGGACUCUCCGGUUGCGCCCUGUAUCAAAGUUAAUGGGAUUGCUAUGGUUACAUCUGAUGUGGAUGGCAUCGGACUAAAAAAAAAAAAUGGUACCUGACAAAAAAAACAAGUUAUAACCCGCCAUGUGCUUUAAUUUUACAUGAAUUUGUUUAGAGCCAAAAUGGUCCUGUUGCAGUUUAUUAGGCUUAGGUUGAUUUCUCAUGGUGUGUGCAGUUCUUUUUGAAAUUGUGUUGUUUCAUCGUAAAUCUGUGGCACAAAAAUAAAGGUCACAUUCA